CUUUUCGUCUCGUUUUUUUUUCCUCUCGUUCACCGUCAAUUCUGUGUUGAUUGUAGUGACAGAAACAAUUCUCUUGUUCACCAUCAACAUCAAAAUCUUUGUAAGUGUUGUUUUAGUUUCAAAUUUAGUGUUUUGCUCUUUCGAAUUUUAGGUUGAAGUCCCAGUUUCUUUUAGGGUUUGAAGUUUGGGUUUUUCUUCAUCGAAAUUUUUCUUCUCUGAGAGAUUCGAAUUUGGGUUUUUCCUCGCUGUGUACUUAAUUGAAUUUUCAUCUUCUCCACACCAUCAACUUCGAAAAUUCGGUAUUUCCUUAUUUCUUGAGUUUGUUGUGACAGUAGCAGGGUAUUUUGUUCAUUGUAGAGAAGAUUUUUGCUUUGAGAAAGGGGGUUUCGAAUUGAAGGUUUGAAUUAAGGUUUUUGUUGUUUCUCUCCUUUUCAGUUUUUGGUUCUUUCUUUGAACAUUUUUUGAAGAGUCUAUAGUGGGAAUCAACAUUACCAUUCCCUUACGAAUCUUCCUCAUCAUCUUCACAGCAUCAGUGUCUGUUACCCUGUGAUUCAAAAUUAGAAGUAGUAGAGAGGUUCAGUUUUCGGGAAUCAGUUUCUCUUCUUUGUUGAUUCAAUAAAGACUUGAUUUUCUCAGUUUGCAGAGGAGUUUUUCAUUGUUUGAAGCAAGUGUUUCGGGGGUGUAGAGGCUGUGUACUCUUUUUUUUGGGUGCUGUUCUGAGUUGAGAUUUUGGGUUGUGAUUUGCAGCUGAGGAUUUGGUGUUUGAAGGAAGGAUCAAGGAGCUAAAAAGUUCAAUUAGUGUUUUUUUAUAUGCUUCAAGAGAUAGUCUGUUUUUGCUUAGGAAACCAUGCCCUGCACUCGCUCUCGAUCGUCAUCUUUAUCUUCCAAACCUAGAACACCAUCAUCGUCUAAUGAUUUUGCUUCUAGGGAUAGCUUGUCUAGAUCCCCCUCACCACCUCCACAGUACCUGUCAACUUCUGCAUCUCAAGGGGACAAGAUUCACUGUCCUUUCAAGGGUUAUGAUGGGUGUCAUGAUAGCAUUGGAGGAAGAGGUUUUGCUAGGAGUGCUAUUUAUCGACAUCUUUCAGAUAAACAUUUUCCCACAGGGGAAGCCAAAGUAGUUUGCAGAGACCGUAUACAAAAUAACAUCGACUGCUUUGUUGCUUGGGAGAGGCUUUUGUUAGAUAUGAAAAUGUGGUUGUGCAUUAGCUGUCUCCAUAUUCAUGCCUGGAAAAAGCCGUGCAAAUCAGAGUUACAUCCAGCAGACAUCAUUGCAGGUCCACUUAAUGGCAAUGGGAAUGACUCAUUCAUGGUGUUUCGAAACCACAAGUCCAUGUAUAUUCAUCGACGGUUGCUGUCCCUGAUUUGGUUUAUUCUCAAGCUCAAGCAGUCUGUCUUUCAGUUGAGAUGCUUAACUCGAUUUUUCAGAAGCAAAUUACCACUGUAGUAAGUAUACCACCCCCUUGUAGACUGAACUUUUCUCGUGCCCUUAAAUCAGCUUUAGAUAAAGUGCUUGCUCGCCCUGUGGAUUUAGUAGUUUGGUUGCACCUGCUUUUACUCCCUGUUUGCACGCUUAAUUUGUAUAUACCUAAGGGCACUGGCGAAGAACGAUCUGGGGUUAGAAAAAAACUGCAGAUUGCAGCAAUCAAUCAACCUUUAUGUAAGUGGAGAGAGCCUAAAGGUUGUGUUGUGCUAGUUCAAAAUCUGCUAGAUCUUACAAAACAUAGUGCCAAGCAGCAGCGGCCCAGGAGGAAGAAGGAAGAAAACGCCAAUAUACAGGCUUGCAAGAAGAAGAUCAACUUUGGCCAUUUUACGGCUGUUAUCCGUGUUCUUUUUUCUGAUGGCAUUGCACCUGCGACUUCAGAGACACUACAUGAUCUCCAGCAAAAACAUCCCUUUGCUCGACCCCCAAUUGUACCUGCAGAUGAUAUUACCACCCCUUCUUUAGAUGUUGAUGCAACUUUGGUUUUAUUUGCUCUGAAAAGCUUCCCUAAGGGCACUUCAUGUGCACGAUACGGCCUUAGAGAUCAGCAUCUGCUUGACGCAAUGAGUGGUACCACUGCUGCUGUGGAUGAUGACUUGUUACAAUCCAUUGCAGGGGUAGUUAAUUUAUGGCUAACUGGUCUUUGCCCUCCAAUUCUUGGUGAAUACGUGGCCAACGCACUAUUAAUCCCACUCCUCAAGCCAGGUGGUGGAUUGCGACCAACUGCUGUGGGCACAAUAUGGAGGAGACUAUGCUCCAAGCUUGCUGCCAGUGUUGCCUGUAAACACAUUACUUCUUAUUUGGGCACACAUCAGUUUGGUGUUGGGAUACCUGGUGGGGGAGGGUAUACUGCACGCAGCUAACAGACUACUUGAGAUGAAAGGAGAUUGUACAAAUCGUACUAUGCUAUUGAUUGACUUCACAAAUGCUUUCAACCUUGUUGACAGAUCUACUAUGCUUAAGGAAGUCAUAUCUCAUUGUCCGAGUAUCUCACGUUGGUUCGAAUUUUGUUACUCAAAACCGCCCAAAUUAUAUUAUAAUGAGCAUGUUUUGUCUUCGACUCAGGGUGUUCAACAGGGUGACCCUCUUGGUCCCCUGCUAUUUGUGUUAACACUGCACCCCAUCGCCACCAAGAUCGCAGAUCGCUGCUCCCUGGACUUCCAUGCCUGGUAUCUCGACGACGGUACUAUUGCGGGUGACACACUUGAAGUAGCUAAAGCCUUGAAUAUUAUUCAGGAGGAUGGUCCUACGAGAGGUUUACACUUGAACAUUACCAAAACUGAAAUCUUUUGGUCCUCUCAUGAUCCAAGAUGUAUAACAGAUGGUAUUUUUCCCACUGGUAUUGGUAGGACAACAACUGGGAUGGAGUUAUUAGGAGGUCCAGUAAGUUUAAACCUGAAAUUUUGCAGUGACAUGGUUUCCAGUAGGGUGGAUAAUACUUUACAACUAAUGCACAAUGUAAAGAAGUUACAAGACCCACAGAGUGAGUUGCUGCUCCUGCGGCAUUGCAAAGGGGUCUCGCGACUUUAUUUUACUCUCCGUACCACCAGCCCCUUGGCCCUAUAUCGUGCAACUUCACAUUAUGACCAGUAGCUAUUUCAGUAUUUGCGGGAGAUUGUGGUUCGUGAUGGUGCUGGGUUUGGACUGGUCCAGCAGCGUAUGGCGACUAUGCCAAUUAAAGAUGGAGGGUUAGGGGUUUAUACUAUGGCAGAUACUGGUAAAUAUUGUUAUUUAGCUUCUCAUGUUCAAGCCCAGUAUAUUCAGAAUAUUAUUUUGCAGCUUACAUCCUCAACUCCAUGUCACAGUUUUGACCAAGCCUUGGAUUCAUUCAUACAAGCUUGUGGUUUAACUGGUUCCAAUUUCAACAUUGCAGACGCUGCCCCCCAUUAUAUGAAGUCUUUGACAACGAUUUACUUCGGUGGUGUUAGGAAUACUUUGCCCUCUAGCUUUGCUUUGAAUGACCGUGAAUAUUUAUUGUGGCAGUACAACAAGAAGGAACAUGCGAUGGAUUUUCUAAAAUCCAUACCUAUUAGUGGGAUGAAUCAGUCGGUUGGAUCGAGACAGUUUAGUGUUGUUUUGCAGUAUCGUUUAGGUAUACCCUUUUUCGAUGUUGACAGUCAUUGCUUUUAUUGUGCUAUAAAGCUUGUAUUGCUACAGGGAAAGAAGUUUAUUUGGGUUUCCUCGCAGACAACGGUAACCCCUCAAGGCCUGCUGAUAUUAUCGUUUACAACUGGAAAUAUGGCAAGGAUGUUUGCUUUAAUGUCACCGGAGUUUCUCCCUUCACGAGUGCUAGAACCCGUAACUUCACACCAGGCCAUGCUAUUAAUGUCGCAGUCUCACGCAAAGUUAACAAGUAUUUGAACAUAUGCACUACACACGGAUAUGGCUUCAAAGCUUUGGAUUUCACAACCUUAGGUGAACUCGGGGAAGACACCAUUUUAUUUCUUAAACGUGUGGGCAACUGCCUUGCUAGCCAUGAUGCUAAUUACAAAGUUGGUAGUUCUCUCUUUUAUCGAUUAGGCAUUAUUAUUCAAAAAGGUGUUGGUGCCCAACUUGUCGCCCGACUACCAACCAACUCUUUGUAAAAAAUAUGUUUUUAAUAUUAAUAAUAAUAAUGAGU